CACACCACCACCACCACCACCAACACUCCUGUCUUGGGACCUACAACACCAACACGCGCGACGCUAUUCGACCCCAUCACACUGCGACCAAAACACGCCAAAGACACGUCCACGCUGCCAUCAGUCACGCGUCGAGUCUUCCCGAGACGCGCCAGAACGGGAGUCUUCUGGCGCAAGCUCUAGGCACAUUGCCGAGCCAGGCGCAAACAGUCGCGCUGCGACACACUCCACCCCACCACCAUCACUGCCCAGCCAGUCCAGCUUGGCUGCUCACUGCUCCAGAUGGCGAGCUCGUCCGCACUGGGUGCUGGUGACGGCAGCCUGCCAGACGCCGUCAUGCUCGAUACGCCCGACUACACAGACUCCGAGUCGAACCCCACUGGAGCCAACAGUGUUGUGGGCGAUGCUCCCCGAGACGGCCGCUCCAGGCGAUGGGAGGGCAACUCUCUGCGCAAGAGCAUGCUCGGCAAGAAGCACGAACGCCUGGGCGACAACAAGGAAGACGACUCCAUCAAGCGUUUCCGAUAUCUGCUGGGCUUGACCGAUCUAUUCCGCCACUUUAUCGACACGAACCCCAACCCCCAGAUCCGCGAAAUCAUGCAGGAGAUUGAUCGGCAAGACCAGGAAGACGCUGAGCGUCAGCAGGCUGGCAACAAGCGCAAGGGCGGUGCUGCAGGUGAUCGACGGCGACGAACAGAAAAGGAGGAAGAUGCAGAACUAUUGCGUCAGGGCAAGCAGGAGGGCAAGGUCGCGCACACCAUAUUCCGCGAGAGCCCGCAGUACAUCCAGGGCGGCGAGAUGCGAGACUACCAAGUCGCUGGCCUCAACUGGCUGAUUAGCUUACACGAGAAUGGAAUAUCGGGCAUCCUAGCCGACGAGAUGGGUCUAGGGAAAACUUUGCAAACCAUCUCCUUCAUUGGCUAUCUGCGCUUUACACAGGGCAUCACUGGUCCACAUCUGGUGGCUGUGCCCAAGUCUACGUUGGACAACUGGAAGCGGGAGUUUGCAAAGUGGAUUCCCGAAAUCAAUGUGCUGGUGCUGCAAGGUGCCAAGGAUGAACGUCAAGAGCUGAUACAGGAGCGACUCGUGGACGAGAAGUUUGACGUCUGCAUUACUUCGUACGAGAUGAUUCUGCGGGAGAAGAGCCACUUGAAGAAGUUUGCUUGGGAGUACAUUGUCAUUGACGAGGCGCACCGCAUCAAGAACGAGGAGUCCUCACUCGCUCAGAUCAUUCGUGUCUUCAACUCCAGAAACCGACUGCUCAUCACAGGAACCCCGCUGCAGAACAACUUGCACGAGCUGUGGGCACUGCUCAACUUCUUGCUGCCAGAUGUGUUUGGCGAUGCCGAGGCGUUCGACUCGUGGUUCAAUAACCAGGAUGCCGACCAAGACGCUGUGGUGCAGCAGCUGCACCGCGUGUUGCGUCCCUUCUUGCUGCGUCGUGUCAAGGCUGAUGUCGAGAAGAGCUUGUUGCCGAAGAAGGAAGUCAAUCUGUAUGUGGGCAUGAGCGAGAUGCAGAUCAAGUGGUACAAGAGUAUUCUGGAGAAGGAUAUCGAUGCUGUCAAUGGCGCCGCCGGCAACAAGGAGAGCAAGACGCGUCUUCUCAACAUCGUCAUGCAGCUGCGGAAAUGCUGUAACCACCCUUAUCUUUUUGACGGCGCCGAGCCUGGUCCCCCAUACACUACGGAUGAGCACCUGGUCGACAACGCGGCGAAGAUGGUCAUGCUGGAUAAGCUGCUCAAGCGUAUGCAUGCCCAAGGCAGCCGUGUUCUCAUCUUUUCCCAGAUGUCGCGUGUUCUGGAUAUUCUCGAGGAUUACUCUGUCAUGCGCGGCUACAAGUACUGCCGCAUUGAUGGCUCUACUGCCCACGAGGACCGUAUUGCGGCCAUCGACGAUUACAACAAGGAAGGCUCUGAGAAGUUCAUCUUUCUGCUGACCACUCGUGCGGGUGGUUUGGGCAUCAACCUGACAAGUGCCGACAUUGUCGUUCUCUUCGACUCUGACUGGAACCCGCAAGCCGAUCUGCAAGCGAUGGAUCGUGCUCAUCGUAUUGGCCAGAAGAAGCAAGUGCAUGUCUUCCGCUUCAUCACCGAAAACGCAAUCGAGGAGAAGGUGCUCGAGCGAGCGGCGCAGAAGCUUCGUCUUGACCAGCUGGUCAUUCAGCAAGGCCGCGCACAGCAACAGGCCAAGGCGGCUGCGUCUAAAGAUGAGCUUCUGGGCAUGAUUCAGCACGGGGCGGAGACCAUCUUCGAAUCCAAAGAUGGGUAUGGUGCGUUUGGUAAGGGCGGUGCUGCUGAUGAUGAUCUCGACGCGAUUCUGCGCCACGGCGAGGAACGCACAAAAGAGAUAGCUUCCAGGUACGAGAAGCUCGGUCUCGAUGACCUGCAGAAGUUCAACACAGAAGCAGGCGCUGCGUAUGAGUGGAAUGGCGAGAGCUUCAUUCCCAAGAAGAAGGAGAUUGGUCUCAGCUGGAUCAACCCAUCCAAGCGUGAGCGCAAGGAGCAGUCCUAUUCGAUGGACAAGUACUAUCGCAACGCGUUGGCAACAGGUGGGCCACGACCAGACCCAAAGCCGAAAGUUCCCAGGGCACCAAAACAGCAAUCCUUGCACGACUAUCAAUUCUUCUCGCCGCGGCUAGGCGAUCUGCAGGAGAAGGAGACGGCAUUUUUCCGGAAGGAGAAUGGCAUCAAAGCACCGCUUGCAGACGGUGAUGAAGACACUCUAGAUCAACGUACGCAAGACCAGGAGCUUGAGCAGAAGAAUAUUGAUGAUGCUGAGCCAUUGACCGAAGAAGAGAUUGCCGAGAAGGACCAGCUCGCAGAAGAAGGCUUUGGUGACUGGAAUAAGCGUGACUUCCAACAGUUCGUCAAUGGCAGCGCCAAGUACGGACGUAAUGACUACGACGGCAUCGCUCUCGAGGUGGAUAGCAAGAAUGCGAAAGACGUCAAGGAAUACGCCAAAGUCUUCUGGAAGCGCUACAAGGAGAUCCACAACUGGGAGAAGCACAUCUCAGCUAUCAAGGAAGGCGAACAGCGUGCUGCGAGAGUCAUUGAGCAACGUGAGUUGCUCAAGAAGAAGCUUGCAAUGUAUCGUGUGCCUUUGCAACAGCUGAAGCUGAACUACACUGUCAGCACGACUAACAAGAAGAUUUAUACGGAGGAGGAAGACCGUUUCCUGUUAGUCAUGCUCAACAAGUAUGGAAUCGAUACAGAGGGCCUGUACGAAAAGAUCCGAGACGAGAUUCGCGAGUCACCACUGUUCCGGUUCGAUUGGUUCUUCCUGUCCCGCACACCACAAGAGAUCAGUCGUCGCUGUGCCACUCUCAUCACAACUGUCACUCGUGAGAUGGAGGGCGGCAAGGAGAACAAGAGAGUGGUCGAGGAGGAAGAUGAAGAGGAUGAGGAAGCUCCGGCGAAGAAGAAGGGUCGGACGUCGACGGGUGGUGCAAAAAACAAAGCUGUGAAUGGUAUCAAGGGCACUCCCAACGGUACUUCUCGCGCAGGCAGUGUCGACACGAAUGCUUCUGGAGGUGGACCUUCAAAGGCCAAGAGUAGAAGCCGGAAGAGAUGAGAGUGUAACAUGCGUAAUGCGUCUGUUGGAGUGGGCAUACUUUCAGACUUUGGCGUCCUUGAUCAAGGACAUUUGGGGUGUUAAGGGGGUUAGAUCGGGUGACAGACAAGAUCCGGCAAGAGGGUGUGUGUCACGCACGAGUAAGGAGGAAGACGUUGUGCAAGUAGAGUUUGCCUAGAAUGACACUUGGUAGACAGCCACAACAUCUCCCUCAUGCGAAUCCAUUCGAAACACAAAGUGAGAUGGGCAAUCUCAUGCCUGCCUACUCACACUGUCCGGAGAUGGACGUGCAGAAAAGCGAGACGGGUAACGGAGGCAUGAGAACUCACUGCUGGAAUGGAUGUGAUUGUCGCGCAUUGUCCCAGCAGCAGCAUACGAACUACUGUACAGGACAGCGAGGUGAAAGGGGUUAUAUGAAACAGCAUGAAAUGAGAGAAAUACCUAAUACGCUCUAGAAACAUCAUUGAACCAAGGUAACAAAUAUGC